GCGAGUGUGCCGGUGGCAGAGUGCCCCUCCAGCGGGGUUGUGAGACGUUCCCUGCGCUGCCGUCCCGCCCACGACGGGGGCGGUCACCGGACGUAACAAUGAGUUAAGACGGCGGCGCCGCGCUGCGGCAGAACCUCUGAUGGGAUCGGGCACUGGAACCCGUCCGCCGCGGAGAAUGGACCAGGGGCGGCCGGGCGGUCACAGCGCAUCGGCGGCCGGCCGGGGGCUGCAUCUGUGGGCAGCUGCCUGCCUGCUGCUGUUACCCUGCGCGGUGCUGCAGGUUCAGAUCCACCCAAUCAUUGAAGAUGAACAGCUGCUGUGGAUCAAGGGUGCCAUUGGCAACGUCAACACCUUCAGGAUUCCACUCAUCGCGAUCACCCCCUCCAAUAAACUCAUUGCCGUGGCCGAGGCAAGAAAAUUUUCGUCGGCUGACAUUGGUGCCAAGUUCAUUGCCAUCCGCACGUCCACUGAUAAAGGUGUCACCUGGAGUCCAACCACUUUCCUGGACAACGAUGGCUCAAAGCUCGACGGCCUGAACCUGGGGGUGAUACUGGUCGACGAGGAGAAGGACAUCAUCUUUAUCAUCUUCACAACAUGUGCCCACUACUACCAUUGUAAUGUCUCCAGCACGCUCCUGAUCAAAAGCACCGAUGACGGGCGGACGUGGACCAAACCCAGAAACCUGUCAAGUGUGCUCGGCCCGAAGACAUUCAUGCCGGGCCCCGGAUAUGGAAUCCAGAAAAAGUACCAGCCGAACAAGGGCCGCUUGAUCGCCUGCGGGCACGGAACAAUCGAGAGAGACGGGAUAUUCUGCAUUCUGAGUGACGACCAUGGCAAGACCUGGAGGAAUGGUGGGAGCCUGAAGGGAAUUCCAUUCAAUCAGCCGAAGAAACACAGCGACUUUAACCCGGACGAGAACCAGCCCUAUGAACUUCCAGACGGCUCUGUGGUGAUCAACGCAAGGAAUCAGAACUUCUACCACUGUCGCUGUCGAAUAAUAGUGAAGAGCUAUGAUGGCUGCGAGACCCUUCCCGUGGAAACCGUGUUCUUCGACGAGACCCUGAUUGACCCGGCCAUCGCGGCGGGAGCCUUGAUCAAAAACGAUGUCGUUUUCUUCAGCAAUCCCGCCAACCGUUUUGAACGUGUAAAUCUGACCCUCAGAUGGAGUUAUAAUCACGGGAAGACAUGGGAAAAUGAGAUGUUGAUCUGGAGUGGUGCAAGUGGCUAUUCGUGCAUGACAACCUUCAGCAACUCGAGCAAUGAGAAGUACAUCUUCCUGGUGUUUGAAAAGGGGCACGUGGACAUCACGGAAUCCAUUUCAUUCAUGAAGAUUCGACUCGUUUGACAGAGAGUCUCCUUGUCGCUUCUUGUCACCUUGUGGGAAAAGAGUUUGCAAUUUCAAUGAGUCUUAAUCAAUGAUCAUUACCAGAAAGAAAUCUUCUUUCAAUUUUUCCCAAGUUGAUUGAUUUUUAUUGCCUGAUAGAAAAAUGGGUUUUCCCUCUUUGAACAUGAAAUCAAUGUUAUAAAACUCUAAAUUUUCUUUUGCUAAUUUCUCUAACCAGUCAGAUUCAUUCCUCUCAAGGCUGUGGUGCACUUUGUUCCCUAAUGAGAGCUUGGUCCUUUUGACAGCAUCUUCGGGUCUACAAGGACAUAGUUAAUAAAUAUGGUGCUUUCAAUAUUUUAUUUGGGUCAAGAGCUUGAUGGGAAGGCUAUUGAUGUGAAUACCCAUCAGUAUGUCUUCAAUGCAGUGGUCCCCAAUCUUUUUUUUUUAAUGCCAUAGACCAAUACCAUUAAGCAAAGGGUUAGGAGCCUCUGCUUCAAUGUGUGCUGGAGAGAGCGUUCCAUCUGCCAUCAUAUUUGGCAAGACCAAAUUUGCUGUUCCUAGCUUUUACUAGAGUCGGUAUUUUCCAAACACUCCUUUCCAGUAGGGAAGAGCUUUGGGAAUACUGUGGGGAAAACCCAUUGAGAAGCUAGAUUCUUUUAAGAGAUGUAGGCAGAAAAUGAAGACACUGGAAGCUGCUAUAUUUUAAUGUGACUUUUUUAAAAAAAAAACAGUUGAACAAAGUGCCCUUAGUUAUUUUAUUCCAGUCUGUAGAUCUGAGGUGGUGCUCCUCAAAGUGACGUCUGCUGAGCAGACAGUAAUCAAAAUAAAAUCUUUAUGUGAUGAAAUCUCAGGGACUCUGGCUGAUGAAUCAGGUGGUGGGACAAAAUGCAAGUUCUCCGUGGGUAAUGAGAGAUAAUCGAGGCUCAAUAAGUGGCAAUAGCAUUCUUGGGCAGCUGAGUGUUAACAAAACCAGUGGUGGAUUUUGCUCCAGGCUUUGGUGAUUUGCCUUAUCUCGAGCUGGGCACAUCUGACGGCCAAGUGACGUGGCAGGAAGCCUCUGCUGUGGACAUCCUGAAUAAAACUGGCAAAGUGGUUAUCGAAGUUCGGUCCCACUUUCACCAACAUGAUCUUGGCAUUGUGAUAUAGAGAAGGUAAAUGUAAGCAGGCUUUUUCCCCACUGAGUCCAGAGGCCAUGGGUUAAGAGGAGAUGAGUGAAAUGUUUAAGGGGAGCAUAGGAGAACUUACUCGCUCAGAGGGUGGUGACAGCAUACGUGGUGGAUGGGGGUUCAAUUUCAACGUUUGAGAAGGGGAUGGAGGGCUAUGGUCCGAGUGCGGGUUGAUGGGUCUAGGCAGAAUAAUAGACACGGACUAGAUGAGUCGACAGUGCUGCAGGGCAUAACCAUUGCCUUGAUGGCGAUGCAUUCGAAUGAAGUAAGGUUCUUUUUGAGGAGUUGGCGAGAUGGGAGUACAAAAGUAAUUCUAGAGAGAAAAGUAAAUAACAUUUGUUGAUUAAAUUUUUUUAACAAGUCUUACAAAGAUGAUGAGCAUUAUUGUUGCGGGGUUUAAAAUGCCUCAAUACAGUGGAUAUGGGGAGGAUGUUUCUUGUAGUGGGGUGGGGGGGGGCGCGGUUUCCAUAACCGAAAGACACAGACUCAGAAUGGAAGGAUGUUAAUUUAGAACAGAAAUGAGGAGGUGAAUCUGUGGAAUUCUUUGCCAGAAAUGGCUGUGGAGGACCAGUUAUUAGGUACAUUUAAGGCGGAGGUUGACAGAUUCUUCAUUAGUCGGGCCACAAAGGGACACGGGUUUAAGGCAGGAGAUUGGAUCAGCUGUGAUGAAAUAGCGGAGCAGGCUCGAUGGGCAUCAAUGGCCUAAUUCUUCUCCUAUAUCUUAUGGUUAAGUUAAAUUCCCCUCCGCAGAGAAAACAUCUGAAUCUCAGCAAUAGGAUUGGGACAGGGAAUGCUUCCCAGUAUAAAAAGGUUGAUUUCCUUUACCCAGUGGUGCUAAUGUAAAUAUGGAUGAUUCAUUGUGUUUAUGACUUAAACUAUGCCCGGUUACCUCAGAAUGUGACAUUUAUCAAGAUCUGUAAAUAAAUAAAAUGGGAGUCUGACUACCAUAAUUGUAGGCUUCCUGACAUUUUACUUCUAAAUAA